CCCGCGCGCCGCCCGCCGCCGUUUCGGUUUCAUUUCCGGCGGCCCCGGGCCCGGAGCGGCGGCGCCGAGCGGAGCCCCCGGCGCUGCCCCCCGCUCCCGCCCAGGGUGGCCACACCCCCGGGCUCGGCGUGAACCGAGCGCCCCCGCCCCGCACACACACACCGCUCCUCCCCCGCCUGCGCCGGCACAGAGAAAGGGAAGGGAGGCGGCGCCGGGCCCGGGUCCCCCGCACCGCGCACAACAUGGAGGAGCUGGUGGUGGAGGUGCGGGGCUCCAACGGGGCCUUCUACAAGGCAUUUGUAAAGGAUGUGCAUGAAGAUUCAAUAACAGUUUCAUUUGAAAACAACUGGCAACCAGAGAGACAAAUCCCAUUCCAUGAUGUGAGGUUCCCACCACCUGCAGGCUAUAAUAAAGACAUAAAUGAAAGCGAUGAAGUAGAGGUUUAUUCCAGGGCAAAUGAAAAAGAACCCUGCUGUUGGUGGUUGGCUAAAGUGAGAAUGAUAAAGGGUGAGUUCUACGUAAUAGAAUAUGCAGCCUGUGAUGCUACAUACAACGAAAUUGUCACAAUUGAGCGUUUGAGAUCUGUGAACCCCAAUAAACCCGCAACAAAAGAUACUUUUCAUAAAAUCAAACUGGCAGUUCCUGAAGAUUUAAGGCAAAUGUGUGCCAAAGAAUCUGCACAUAAGGACUUCAAAAAGGCAGUUGGAGCUUUUUCUGUAACAUAUGAUUCUGAAAACCACCAGCUUAUUAUUUUGUCAAUCAACGACGUGACCACGAAGCGGGCCAACAUGCUGAUUGAUAUGCACUUUCGGAGUCUGCGCACCAAGUUAUCCCUGAUACUGAGAAAUGAAGAAGCCAGCAAACAGCUGGAGAGUUCUAGGCAACUUGCAUCCCGGUUCCAUGAACAGUUUGUAGUACGUGAAGACCUAAUGGGUUUGGCCAUUGGCACUCAUGGUGCUAAUAUUCAGCAAGCCAGAAAAGUCCCUGGAGUGACUGCCAUUGAUCUUGAUGAAGAUACUUGUACAUUCCAUAUUUAUGGAGAGGAUCAAGAUGCGGUGAAAAAGGCAAGAAGUUACCUUGAAUUUGCUGAAGAUGUCAUACAAGUCCCAAGGAAUUUAGUAGGAAAAGUAAUAGGAAAAAAUGGAAAAUUGAUUCAGGAGAUAGUGGACAAAUCCGGCGUUGUAAGAGUGAGAAUUGAGGCUGAAAAUGAUAAAAAUAUUCCACAAGAAGAGGGCAUGGUACCAUUUGUGUUUGUAGGAACCAAGGAUAGCAUCACUAAUGCAACUGUUCUUCUGGAUUAUCAUCUUAAUUAUUUAAAGGAAGUGGACCAGCUGCGUUUGGAAAGAUUGCAAAUUGAUGAGCAACUGCGACAGAUCGGAGCCACUUCCAGGCCCCCCUCGAACCGCCCGGACAAGGACAAAGGGUACACGACCGACGACGGGCCCGGCCUCGGCCGCGGCAGCCGCCCCUACCGGAACCGCGGCCACAGCCGGCGUGGGCCAGGCUAUGCUUCAGGAACUAAUUCUGAAGCAUCAAAUGCUUCUGAAACAGAGUCUGAUCACAGAGACGAGCUGAGCGAUUGGUCGGCGGCCCCGGCAGAGGAGGAGCGGGACAAUUACCUGCGCAGGGGGGACGGGCGGAGGCGCGGCGGCGGCGCCCGAGGCCAGGGCGGGCGGGGCCGCGGAGGAUUCAAAGGCAAUGAUGAACAGUCGCGAACAGACAACCGUCAGCGUAACUCAAGAGAGGCAAAAGGGAGGACAGCGGACGGGUCUCUUGAGAUCAGAAUUGACUGCAAUAAUGAAAGGAGUGUCCACACUAAAACCUUACAGAAUACCUCGAGUGAAGGCAGCCGGCUGCGCACGGGCAAGGAGCGGAACCCCAAGAAGGAGAAGACGGACAGCGCGGACGCUCAGCAGCCGCUGGUCAACGGAGUCCCCUAAACUGCAUAACUCUGAAGUCAUACUUCCUAUACUGUUUCAGUAAUUCCUAUUCCAUGUUAGAGAAACUUGUUAGGCCAAAGACAAAAUAGUAGGCAAGAUGGCGCAGGGCAUGAAAUGAACAUAUGUUCUCUGUUAGCCUUUUUUAACAUCAACAGUAUGCAGUUGUUUUCAGAAUAAGAAGUUAUUCAAAUAUUUGCAUAAAAAUACCUGAACUUCUGAAAAUCGCUUCCAAGUACAUAUUGCAGUUCAAAAGAUGAAAGAUUCUUUUUUGUUUGUUUUAAAAAUACUGAGCUGUGCAUUGGUAAACUUUCUGUUCAGUUGUACCAUUUUAACACAUCGGGUCAAAUUCACUGCUCAAUUUCAAUUUUCAGAAUAAAUAGUGUUUGCAGUAAUCAAAUUGGCUUCUGUUUUCAAUCUAACUUACCAGUUCUUCAUGAAAUGCUAUGUCGUUUUAUGUCCUGUGUCAGUUCACAUUCUGGUCCACCUUUUUCAAUAUUUUGGUGGACCCUGAAAUCUGUGUGAUGUAACAAUUGUCAUUUUCAUUAGCAAAAAAGUUGUAUGAUCUGUGCCUUUUUUAUAUCUUGGCAGGUAGGAAUAUUAUAUUUGGAUGCAGAAAUCAGGGAAGAUGAGUUGGUAACACUAAAUGUAAAAUAUAUGUAGCAAUCCUUGUCAGACGUUAGUACUUUAUAGACAAGUGCAUGCUUUCCAUAAUUUUUCCUUACAUAAACAUUCAGUUAGGCAGUUAUAAGAAUAGGAAAUUUAUUUUGCACUGAAGAUUUGGCAAAUAGUGUUAUUGAAAAAGGGGUGUAAUUUUUUUCUUUGUAGGCAGUACAGGAGCUUUUUUUUAAAAAAAAAACCUAAAAAAAAAAUCUUUCCAUUGUGGAAAACUAAAAAAUUCAUUGUUACUGAGGGAACAAGUGUAACAUGUUCACAAGCUAGUAAUGGGUGCCUGCUGUUUGGCCAGAUGACCAGCCUAAAGCAUUGAUGGUUUUCAUCCUCCCAAAAUUUUUGAAUUGCUGUUUUUAAUUUGGGGGCUAUUUCAGGAGAGGUAAGAAGAAAGUCACCACAUGUUAUGCCCUGGCAACUACAGAUACAGUAGUUGAAAUAUUGAAGGUAAAAUAAAAGUUCUUCAUAUUUUGAGCUGCAGGGUCCUAAUUACCAGCCAAUAUGAAGGUGUCACAGAAUUUGAUGCAAAGUACAGCUGUACACCAGGGAAGGGUGGGAAGUGGUGGGAGGAGCUGUGCUUUCUUUCAUUUCUGAUCACAUGUUAAACUUACUGGGCACAACUGCAUAAGGACCUUCAUUUUAGUCCAUUUUUGUUCAGAUUUCUCCAGAAGGAGAGCCACUGUUUAUGUACAGAAUUGUACAAACUUGACCUUGCCUCUGAUGUAUUUUGUGAGUUUUGUUUCUUUGCUUUCUUCAUUCUUUUUUUUCCUUGCAUACAGGUGAGCAUACUAAAACUGGCAACGAACUGCACAUGAUUUAACAAAUAUAAAAAUGUCUUAAAAAGUAUUGCCAAACAUUAAUGUUGAUUUCUAGUUAUUUAUUUUGGGAAUGUAUAGUAUUUGAAAACAGAAAUUGGUACCUUGCACACAUCAUCUGUAAGCUGUUUGGUUUAAAAUACUGUAGAUAAUUAACCAAGGUAGACUGACCUUGUAAUGUAACUGCUCUUGGGCAAUAUUCUCUGUACAUAUUAGCUACAACAGAUUGGAUUUUAUGUUGACAUUUGUUUGGUUAUAGUGCAAUAUAUUUUGUAUGCAAGCAGUUUCAAUAAAGUUUGAUCUUCCUCUGCUAACUGAUGUUGAUGCAAUCCUUAUGAAUGAUUGCUUUAAAAAAUCUCAACUGACAGAAAGUAGGAAGUAUUUCUUUGUUUAGACUUUAACUGUAGCCAUUGUUUAUUUACACAUUUUAGAAAAGUCUCAGAUAUUACCAGAUCUCAAAAAUACAGCACAAAAUGCUCAAGAAGACACAAUCUCCUCAUGGAAUGGUACAGUACCUGUUGAGUGGUCACACUUCAUGCACUCAUUUCUCACAUUCAGUGGUUGAGUUCACUAAGGUGCUAACCCAGGUAAAUGUGAAAUUCCUAAACCAGAGUCUGACUAAUUGGCUGCAUUCCAUUUCCACGUGGGUUUUGGGGUUAUGACCUUUUUCAGUAUUUGUAUACUUCACAUAUAUCCCUUUCAGUUCAUAUUCCAGUGAUUUUAGAUGUUAUUAAAUUUCAACAAAUUAACCUGUGAAUCUAAAUGUACACUUUUAUUUUGAAAAGUCAUGUUGUUACAAAACUUGAAAGUGCAACAAAUGUCUGAUGCUUGAGUUCAGGUCCAUCCUAUUGGUAACUAUUAUAAAGUACGGUCUAAUGAAUUAAAAUUAUUUUUAAAAUAAAGUUCUUUGAAAGAGUGAGAGAUAUUUGUGAAUCAUGCCAAAGUCUGAAUUCAGGAAGGUUGAGCUCAAAGCCUAUGAAUUAACAAAUGCUGAAAAAAAUAGAAAGUUUGUGUUUCUGUUGUUUACUGAAUGCAUUUUUGUUAAUGAUGGGUGGGGAGUUAAGAUAUUCAGAGUUGUUAUUAAAACUUUGUCAAGGAAAAAAAUCUCUCUAUUCAGCUUUUUUUUAAGCAGAUAAAAAUCUCUUUAUGAGCACUCAUGAGUUCAAGAAGAUACUAGGUUUAGUUUCAUGAAUACAGGAGUUAUUUGAAUCAGUUACUGAGGAGCUUUUUCAGCCCUUCUUUGUCCCUAAUAUCAAAUAUUGUGUACCAUGUCCAGGAAGGACAUUGAGUGCUCUGAGUAUGGGACUGAGUGUAGACCUUACUUCUUCCUACAAGCACUUACUUACUGUGAAAGGCAGCUUAUUUUCCUGAACUUGCAGUAUGUUUCCCUGCAAAACCCUUCAAUAUUGAACAUUAAAAGGAAAAAAUUUAGUUUCCAGUGAGUAUUCCUCAGUCAUUUCAGGAGUCCUGCUGUUCAGUUUGCUAAGUUCUCUGCUAAUCUGCAAGAGAAGAUGGGUGUUACAUACUUUUAUCCUAUGUAUUGUUAAAGGUUUUUUCUGUUCCCAGAAGCAGCAAGACUUACAGUGGAAUACCUGUGUUAAGGGGUGGGAGAGAUGUGUUGCUGGUUCUGGUGGCUACUUAAAAGAAUUUUUUAAAAAGUGAUGAGGCUGAGCUUGUUGUUUCCACAGUAGUGUGUACUAAGCUUGUUCAUCAUUCACUUGAACUUAACAGAUUUUCAUCCUAAAAGAUACCAGUCACAGUCUUCUCCAGACAUUCACACCCAUGAAAUUGGGUGACUAGGGGUGUUUGCACAGUUAAGAUAUUAAGGUAGCUUAAUGUAUGUUAGGAAAAGUGAGGUUAGACCUCCUGAGCUUCGUGUUCUGAGUAGAUACCACUUGGAUCACAAGGUUCUCCUUGCCAGAGGUUCAUUAGACUUAAGCACAAUGUGAGUUUCUCAUAUUUUUAUGCUGUGAUUUACAGAAACAGCUGUAAGCAACUCUGGCAGUGUGAGUCUUUGAUAGAGGACUGUGGAUCUUUUGCCUGCAUGGGGGAAGAAUCUGGUUUUCUACAAAUUUUUUAAAAUGCAUCGCAUAUCUGUCACUUGUGCUUUCACAGUUACAAAGGUCAUUCAUCUCAAAUAGUUUGAUAGAAAUAAUUGCUGUUAAACCCAGAUGAGUCAGUUUGCCAUGAUUAUUCUUUUUUUACAUUGUUUAAAAAUUACUUUACAAUAGACUUUAAAGCAGUAUUUUUUGUGUGCUUUGAGUACUGUAUAGAAUUGGAUUAUAAGAAAGAGCAACAAUCAUAGGUAAUUUUGUGUAUCGACUGAAAAUUCAGUAGGAAAAAAUGUUUACAGUUUUGCACUGCAUUUAGGAAACUGGUUUCCAAUAAAAUCAGUUAAUUUAAAGCAAAAAA